GUUCAAUUCUUCGGUUUGUACGGAAGGGACGUUCGAAGAUAUUACAUCAUUAACAAGCAAUUCCCUGCUUUAAAAUGUAUUCCUUUGUGGUCUUUUAUCAUGACAGAACGUAUUUUCUAAACGUUUUUGCCAAAAAGAGAAGAAUUUAGAGAACCUGGAUUGCUUUUACGGCCAAGAAAUUGCUAACACACAGCGAAAGCGUAGAGGAGAUUCCCCUCCUCAAUACAGGUAUGAGCUGAAUUCGCGAAAUCAAUCGUCUUUUAACUGUACUUGCUUUUAGUCUUCUCGUUAUUAAUUAUUUCGUUUGGUUGACCUAUUUGAAAACUUACCUCGUAAUUGAAAUGUUCUUGAGAAGCUAUACUCCUUUUAUGGCCAGUGUAAAACAGAGACGCAUUGCAAUUGGCGCUGAUCAUCUAAAAUUUUUCACCGCGUUCCAAUAUUUUGUUCAGCCUCUUUUCGGAAGUUCCGGACAUUUUUUGUUGCAAGUAGAAAUUUGCCUGUACCUGCGAAGAAUAUUUAGCGUUUUUCAUACAGUUAAAAAAAAACGUAAAAAAUAAACGUGCGAAUGCGAAUUUCACAAAAGUAUUCGCCGCUUCGAAGAAAACAGUCGAUGGGUGGUUGUAAAUUAAAUAUGGCCGUCAAUAUAUCUUCCUGUGUAACGUCAUUGCUUUUAUUUUAGAAAUUUUCCUUUUUUCGUUUGGAUUUGAUAUAGUUUGUUUCUCCACGUAAGAUCAACAUAGAUAGAUGUUAUUUUAAAACUGAAAUUUGCAGAAUUGCCUCUUUUGGAUCGUUACAUUUCUUUUUUCCUGCAAUUUUUAUGUCGUUGACCGUGUAUACGGUGCCGCGCAAUUUGCCUUGGGCAGCUGCACCCAAGAAAUAUAAAAUUCCUCGUUCUAGAGGAAGAUUGUGAGCAAUUUUUAAUUUUUUAUGCACACUUAAUUCGGAGGAAAUCUUAAAUUAUCUCUUGUUUUACAAGAACAACAAAUAUUGUUUUGCCUGGGUCUACAGUUUCGUGCUGGAACAAGUUUUGCUUUAAUAAUUUCAAUAAUUAGUAGCAUAGCAUUUGUCACUGUCAGUCAGAGUUAGCUGAAGAGAGGGGCUAAAUUUUUUUAAUACUGUACCUUUAAAGAGUGAAAAAAAGACACAAUUUUGAUGACUAGUGAAUUGAUAACCUCUACUGUAUGGGUUUUUAUAUGUUUAACAUAUUAUAACGUAAUACCCAAGAACCACUUGACUAUUAAAGCCACAAGUAAAUUUUCUUGAAACCAAGCUUAAAUGAAUAUUUUGUUCUUUCAUUCCAUAAACUGUCAAAGAAAUUAUUUAUAUUAAAAGGAAAAAAAAAUUCAUGGCUGUUGGGCCUAAAAACAAUAAAUGUGUGAGUGUGCCUGCAGCCUGUGGUCAUCUUUGCUAGAGACAAAGAAACAACUGGAAAUAAAUCUGCAUUCACAAGCUCGUGCAUCUGUACAUAUGUACACACACACACUUUAUUGUUUUUACCAUAAAUUUACAAAAUUUGGCAUGCCCACAGCAAGCAGUGGCCAAUCAGGGCGGGUCAUGCAAAUUACAAGGAGUCAGGGAGAAACAUACUGUAUCUUGUUUGUCUUUCUCUUUCUCUAGAAAUAUUGGGGCUCAAGUGUGUCAUAUACAGAAAUCAAAUAAGGUAAAUGUAAAUGUAGUUUUAGAGCUAGAAAAAAAACCAAGAAUCCAGAUGGAGUUCUGGUGAUUUAGUUACUGUGUGGCAUUAAAUUUUUCCAAGAGUUUGUAAUUUACAAAUGGAUAGUUUGUUUGUGUUGUGCAGGUAGUUACUUUUUGUAAAUGGCAAGAUUGGCUUUUCUUGCUGGGAAUGAGUUUUGUCAGAAAAGUACUGUAAAUCCUCUAUUAAGCCCCAAAAGAGACAGGGGGCUUAUUAAAGAAGAGUGGGCUUAUUUAAUGUAGAAGAGACAAUGGUAUCAGUUCUCCAUAAAGAACUAGAAUACAAAGUGGAAAAUAAAGCUCAAGUCCAAGAACAUUGGAGGUCAUGCAGCCGAGGAUCAGAAUCAAGUCCAAACUUCCAGUUGGUAAUUUAACAAACCAUCCCUGAUCAGUCCACACAAAGUUUUACUGUCUCAUUGAUUAAUAUAUUAUUAUUAGUGUAGAAUAAUUAGGGGAGGGAAGGGGGGGCUUACUAACUUUUUUCACUCGAAAAGGGGAGGCUUAUUAGAAUAGAGGGAUGGGGCUUAUUUGAGAGGGGGGGCCUAAUAGAGGAAUUACGGUAUGUAAAACAUUUGUUGAGCAAAAUUUAAUAUGCGAUCAAUAUACCAGGGAAACAACAUCAAAGUGUGAAAUAUGUCACACUUAAAAAAUACUGUUAGCAGUAGUGUCAAUGUAAAUCAACUUGAAUUGUUGAUUGCUCUGAUUUUUAUGGGUUUUCCACUGUGUCAAGCAGAGUCAAAUUCACUUAGUCAAAAUUGGCAGCCUGUAGCUGCUUUCAAACCUACAGUGAUACUGUUAUUCACAAAUUUUUUAACUGAAUAUUUUUUUUGCAGUUAAAGGUAUAAUUAACAGUUAUUCAAUGAGGCUGAGUAUGACAGCCCCCAAGAUCAGCAUACAUUAUUCUUCACAUCACACAGAAGCAGAAUUCAAAAAUUGUUUCAUCAUCCAUUCAAAAUUUUUCUAAGUUCCUAACAAACUUACUUCCUCGUAGACGUUCUUUAAAACUGUGGCCUAUCUCUUGGCACAAAAAGUAGUUAACAUUCAUUGAGCAAUAUGUCGUGCAUUUCUUCUAUGCACUUUUAGUCAGAAACUGAGUUAUUUCAUCUUUGGAUAGCCAUGAACACCAUUUUUUAUUUCACUUUUGCCCAAGAAGCCUCCUCUCAAAGCAAAAUAUACCGUCGAUCAAUCUCAUUUCCUGGCAAGUAAACCAUCGAAUCAAUUGAUCAUGAAGAAUUAGCCAGAGGAUUGGAGCCAAUAAGAAAAGGCGAAAUAUUUUGAGCAAAUAACAACAUUAGAUGUUAUAUCACCUCUAAAUGUUUCUUCCUUUCACAUUAAAUAUUAGAGUUUAUUGACAGUAUUCUGUGUGUUGUUAUUUUGUCAUAUAGGUUUUAGCAUGGCAGGAAAAGAGGACAGCAACAAUCCUCUACCUUUUAACAUAGACAGUUCUAUGAAUCCAGCAGGAAUGUUUGGUUUUAUACCCAUGCCUGUCCCAGUGUUUACUCCUCCAGUGAUGCCUGUAAGAAUGAUGCCACCAUUCUGGCCUCCAAACAGUGGCUCUUUUAUGCAGCAAUACAUGGAAGCUAUGAGCUCAGGAAUGGCACAGGUGAUACACCAAUCCAGUGUAACUCGAAAUGAGUCAUCAACUAGAGCAAUGUCAAAGGGGGAUACUACUUCUGUGCAUGUGGCUGCACCAGUUAGUACGACUGCUGUAGAGAAUGUAAGCAGUGAAAGUGCACAGAAUUCCCUAGCAGGUCCCAGCAAAAGAACCAUUGCUGAACAGCCACAGUUUCCUCACCCCAUGUUGUAUCCCACAUUUGGUGGAUUUGUGCCAUUUGCGCCAUACUUUCCCUAUUUUAACAUGCCAGGGAAUGGAUUUGCCAACAAACAAAGCAAAGAUUCUGAAAGCCAAUCCACACAAUCCCAACAGAUUAAGGACUUCCAAGGUAACGAUGAGUUAGAAAAAAAGAAAACCAAAGAACAGCAACCACUAUCUGAAUAUGGAACGAAGCAAGAGGACAUUUUAGAAAGAAAGCCAGUUGUGAAGUCUUCUGAAAUGCCUCCAACGGACAGUAACAAACAGGAAAUCAGCGAGGAAAACUCUACAGAAAUGGAUGUUGCUCAAAUCCUGGUCAAUUUUAUGCCUGUGCCCAUUAUUGGUGGUGUUAAACAGGACACAACACAUUUUCCUGAGAAGAAUACUGAUGUUUCUCCCAAAGAGAAAGAAAAUCAAACAAAUGAAAAUGUUCUUGUUUCAACUCCUACAAAUGUAAGUAAAGCAAGCAAUGUUGCGACUGCCCAAACAUCUUCGUUUGACAAUGCUAAACCUGAGAAAGUCAAUUCAGUACCAUAUGUUGCUACUUCAAGCCGUAAGUUAGCCACAGCAAAGGAUACCUGUGGAAGUGCUUCUCUUAUUAUGAAAAAUGCUACUCCAGAGGGACUUGAAGAAAGUUCCAAAACACAGUCAAGUGUAAAAAUGCCAGAAAUACAAUCAUGUAACAAUAAUUACCUCCUAAAUGGUAAUUCUGCAGUGUGUGAUCGUUUCACACAAAAACAUGAUGUUGAACCGAGUGACUCAGUGUCUUCCAGCUCUGUUAUACUUUUGGUUUCUUCAAACAAUAAUUAUGCUAGUUUAACACAGGCUACCCAACCAAGUACAGAAACAUACAUGUAUGUCAAGAACAAGUCUCAGAAGGAUAUCCAUGUAAUAGAAGAUAAAGUAGUCGAGGUCAUAGAAACAUCUUCCGAAUCACAGGAGUAUGAACAGAGAACUGUUUUAAAUGAUCAAAAUGUGAUUCCCACCGUUGACGAUCUUCUCAAGGGAGAUUUAGGAAGUGACAAGUCGGUGUACAAAUGUGAAGUGUGUGCGCAGCUGUUUAGGAGUUCCCUUGGUCUUCAGAAACAUCUAGAAUUCCACAUGGAUGAUGGACAGCAUUAUACCUGUACAAUUUGUUUUCAGCCAUUCAGAGAAGCAAAAAGCCUUGAUGACCACAUUGCCCUUCAUAUGAGGAACCGGCCACACAAAUGUACUUUUUGCCCCAAGGCUUUCCGAGAUCCUGGCUCUCUUCAAAAGCAUGUCCGUGUUCACACUGGUGAAAAGCCAUACAAGUGCACAAGUUGUUAUCAAUCGUUUGCUGAGUACAGCUCGUUAAGAAAACAUCUACGUGUUCACACUGGUGAACAGCCAUAUCGCUGCCAGUAUUGUGACAAGGCAUUUUCAAUCUCUGGAAAUCUUCAAAGACAUGUGCUUAUACAUACAGGUGAAAGGCCUUACAAAUGCAGCUUUUGCCCUAAAGCUUUCAAUAAUCCCAGUCACCUGAGAAGACAUGUUAAAAAUUUACAUUUUAAGGGUGAAGCAACCACUGGUGUUGUUGAAGAUAUGAUAUCAGCUAUCCACGGUGAAGCUACUGCUCAAGUUAAAACGUCUUUAAGGGUUGAACAUGAGGUGGAAACAGAGGGACAAAGAAUGGAAAUUUCUCAGGAGGAGGAAUCAGUCAUGGUAAAGUAACUCUUUUGAUCCUAAACAUUGUGGACCAUUUCAGAUCUGCAGUUUAGACAAGGCUCCAGCCAGAUUGCAAAAAGAAAUAAUGCUUGAAUUCAAGUACUGCAUUUACAAAAUAACUAUACAGGGGAAAGCACCUCUCUCCUCCACAGAGUUUCAAAGGGGCUUUUCAUUUCAGGAGUGUCUGUUGUCGGCAGUUCGCAUUUUCACUCACUUUAAAUGACCCUCCCCUUCUUGUGUAGCCUGCAUGGCAGGGACCUGCUACACAGGGUACUUUUCUGGUGGAAACGGGCUGUGUCACAGCAGGCUAGUGCAUUUUCUUUAUAGUGCCAAUUACACCUCCUUAUUCACCACUGAGCUUGUGAGAAAUGUUACUUGUGAAUGAUGAAUUUGCCAGCUUUUCUCAACAAAUAUGUUGCCCAAACAUUAUUUCAAAUGCACUAAACAACAGGCUAGCAGGGGCUAAAGCGAUUGCAGCAAGGGCACAACCUCUCGGCAAAGACACCAUGUUCAAUAAAUUUCUAAUUAACAAUGUUACAAAGCUCAAAGGACCAUUUUACACACGUUUAUGAAAGAAAAAAAAAUUCCCAGACAAAAGGGGAGGCCGGCCACCCCCAAAUCUGUUCUCGCUUGCGGUUCCCACUGUUGACACAGCUCCUUUGAAUAACAUCUCAUCAAACCUCUGUGUAGGAGAGAGCUAGGAGAUUAUGUACACCUCACAAGCUUUCAUUUAAUUUGAGUUAUCUCAUUUAAAGAUCUUAAACUAAAAUUCAAAUGCUACAACCACCUCACAUUUUGGACCAGUAUGUGUGUCAGGAAGACAAGUAAAGAAUUAUUAUUGGUGCAACAUUUCAUAUCCUGUAAAUAGCUGGAAAUUACCUUGACUGAUUGUAUCCUUAAAUUACAUUAUAAUAAAGCC